AGUCCGAUUAUUUCCUCCUCGCGCUCAGCCAUGGAAGCCURCAAGAUAUCAGCCAUUUCCCUCUAUUUCCUCUUCGCCCUCUUCACCUUCUCAGAAUGUUCUACAUCCAUCGUUCAUCAGCUUCAGCCUCAUCCUCUGGAAUCCUUCAAAAUCAACAAUACCCAGAAUGCUGGGAGCUGUUCGUUCACAGUCACAAUAAAAACAAGCUGCUCAUCGCCUGUCUACACACGAGACAGGAUCAGUAUUUCGUUUGGGGAUGCAUAUGGCAAUCAGGUAUACCUACCAAGGAUCGAUGAUCCGUCUUCAAGGGCAUUCGAGCGUUGCUCUACGGACAGGUUUGACAUAAAGGGACCAUGCACAUACCAGAUAUGCUACGUAUACCUCUACAGGAGCGGAUACGAUGGAUGGACAGUGGAUAAAGUAACCAUCUCGGGUUAUAAUACGAGAACAGUUACGUUUAACUACAACUCAAGGAUCCCUAAUGAUAUUUGGUUCGGGUUUAACGUAUGCUCUCCGUAUCAAGCUGUGGAAUCCACUGCAGCAGUGUAGAAAGGAUUGAGGUGCAAAUUUUCAAACUUUUAUGAGAGCUAUGAAUAAAGUACUUUUAUGGGUGAGAUGUGUUCUACUGGGAACUAUCUACCCGUCUAUCCGAGUAAAACAAUAUAAAUUACAUAUUUUGCUUGUAGCAAACUGUGGAAUGUAGUUUUCUGUGGAUCUUGUUGUACUUUGUUAUCCCUUUUUUUCUUCUUCUUGUUUUUCCUUUUUAAUUUAUGCUAUUGCUGCUGUUGAGUUUGAAAAUUCUUGUAUAUUACAAGGAUGAUUAACUCGAGUUUUUUAAGUAAUGCCGGUAA